AACACAAACUGAUUACAUAUUCAGUCAAUUAAUUAUCCAAGCGGGUAAAUGAAAAAAAUCUACAAAAGAAUAGCUACUCGCACUUAAAUAUUCAUCGACCUUCUGCUAUUACCCGCCAAAGUUGAAUAGGCCUUUCUAUUAUUGAAUUAAAAUGGAGUAAUGAGGUAAACUCAAUUCAAUCGCAUAGCAGAUAUCAGAGAGUUCGGUGUGUAUUCGGGUCAGUAUGAUGUCAUACUUUGAGAUAUAAUUUUAAAUGUGACGUUAUACUAUUUCUACACCGAAAUCGGCUGAGGAAAGACAUAUUCACAAUCCGGUUAAAUAUAAAUAGUGUAAAUUGCGUGUGUGUUUACUGGAAUAAACAAAUAAAAUGACGUAUUAUCAACACAGGAAUACAGGCAUUCCGCCUCCACCGCAGUUGACAGACAAGCUCAGGCUAUACCACGUAGAUAUGAACCCAUACGGGCACAGAGUACUCCUGAUCCUAGAGGCGAAGAGAUCAAGAUAUGAGAUCUACAAACUGGACCCGCUGAGACUUCCCGAGUGGUUCAGAGUAAAGAACCAUAGACUGAAGAUCCCAGUCCUAGAAAUACCAACCGAUCAUGGGGACAAGUAUUUGUUCGAAAGCGUGGUAAUAUGUGACUAUUUGGACGAGUUGUACCCACGCAACCAGCUACAUUCGAAAGACCCGUUCGUGAAGGCGCAAGAUCGUUUGCUCAUUGAAAGAUUUAACGAGUUAAUAAAAGGCAGUUUGGAAUGUUUCGACACUAAUUUCGCGUACGGCAGCGAUCAGAUAAUCCAAACAUUAGAUAUAUUUGAAAAAGAGCUCGCUUUGAGAGGUACGAACUACUUCGGCGGCAACCGUCCAGGGAUGCUGGACUACAUGAUCUGGCCGUGGAUAGAGCGGCUGUACCUCCUCAGAUGUGUUCACGAGAAGAAAUUCGACGAAAAACGAACUCUGUUCCCUAACUUUUGCGUGUUAAACGACCUUUUGCAUCAAGGAUCCUCCUUCACCACGACAAUGCUUCGUCGCACACUGCCAGGUAAAUGA